AUGGCUGACUUCCGGGGGAUGCUCCCGGCGCGCUCCCGCCGCCCUUUCUCCUCUGCUCGUGCUUGCGCCCGCGCGCCCGCCGGAAGGAAGGAGCCGCCAUUACAGGAGGAGACACCCGAGUCACCCGGAUACACCCGGAAACCGCGAGCGGGGACUCCGUAAGAUCCGAGUCACCCGGAUGUAGCAUGGUGUCACGGGCCGGGCCCCAUCCACAGCACAGCACCGCGGGCACACCCGGAAACCGAGACCGGGCCCCACGGAGCCCCUGAUCACCCGGAAACCGAGACCGGGCCCCACGGAGCCCCUGAUCACCCGGAAACCGAGACCGGGUCCGACCUGCCCCCCGGGGGCCGCACCGAGCCUGGGAGGAGAGAGAGAGAGCGAGAGAGGACUCGGGGUGAGCGGCCUCCCUUAUAAAGAGAGACACGGUGUGUGUAUAGGGGCUGCCAGCCAGCUGUCUGUAUGGGAGUCACAUUGUGAUCAGACAUACCUACUACAUGUAUGUAUGUACACCCCGUGACAACAUACUACAUGCAUGUACACCCCGUGACAUCAUACUACAUGUAUGUAUGUACACCCCGUGACAACAUACUACAUGCAUGUACACCCCGUGACAUCAUACUACAUGUAUGUAUGUACACCCCGUGACAACAUACUACAUGCAUGUACACCCCGUGACAUCAUACUACAUGUAUGCAUGUACACCCUGUGACAUCAUACCGCAUGCAUGUACACCCCGUGACAUCAUACCGCAUGCAUGUACACCCCGUGACAACAUACCGCAUGCAUGUACACCCCGUGACCUCAUACUACAUGCAUGUACACCCGUGACCUCAUACUACAUGCAUGUACACCCGUGACCUCAUACUACAUGCAUGUACACCCGUGACCUCAUACCGCAUGCAUGUACACCCCGUGACAUCAUACCGCAUGCAUGUACACCCCGUGACAACAUACCGCAUGCAUGUACACCCCGUGACAACAUACCGCAUGCAUGUACACCCCGUGACAACAUACCGCAUGCAUGUACACCCCGUGACAACAUACCGCAUGCAUGUACACCCUGUGACAUCAUACUGCAUGCAUGUACACCCUGUGACAACAUACCACAUGUCAGACAUACAGUGGGUACACUCAGCAGAGCGCAUACUGUCACACAUCUACACACAGACAUUCACAGGGCACAUGCCAUCACCCUGUCUACAUAUUACAUAUGUCUACAUACAAAGGGAGCAUUGAGCACAGAGCACACUAUUAUCACACACGUACACACAGACGCUCACAGGGCACAUGCCAUCAUCACCCUGUCUACAUACAUUGUUUACACAUAACAUAUAAUGUAUAUGCACAAAAAAGAAAAGGCAUUAAUUUUAGUGGGCAAAUGAAAUGGUGUCAUGCAAUUUCUACUUCACACACACACACAUACUUAUCCACACUUUCGUACAUGCACAUACACAUUUUGUUCAUGCUGUGUCAAGCCACCUAGGUAUGCAGACUUUUACCUUACAUACUAUAUGUCAUCAUGCUAUUAUCAUGAAAAAAUUACAGCGUGCACACAUACACAUUAAUACAAGCAAACACAUUGUCAUAUACAAUAUUUAUAGGCAGGUAUAUACAAAUCUAUAGAUUUGUAUUUGCCUGAUCUUAUGUCAUGUUCGUGCUGGGUGAAGUCACCUAAGAGAUUUAAUUUUUACUUGUACAAUAUUACAGGAACAAACCAUUUCACUCCUCUCGCAUUACUUUUUGUAUCCACAUAAUGAAAUUCUUCUAUUGUUAUUUUUAUUUUAGUUUGACUUGACUCUGUACUAUUUGUCCUUACUAAUGUAGAACGAAAACAAUUGCUUAUAAAUAAUUCAUAUUCUCACAUGCUUAUGCAGAGUAGGGCAGAGUGAGUAAUGAGCUGUACAAGAUUUUUGUAUUUGCAGAUCAGUUCUGAUUUAGUGGUCAGUUUACAGUUUAUACAUUUCCAACAUAUUCUGUAGGACUAUACAGUGGGCAGACAUGUAAACAUACUGACUCAUGGUGGUCCGGCGGGUAUAAUCAUUUAAUGGAUUGCGGUUUUAUGAACUCAUGAUUCUGUGGGCGGUCAAACUUGAAUGACUAACUUAGACGUUCACUUAAACUAAAGAGUAGACAUACAUUAAAGAGAACCGAUAGGCACAAAAACAACUUUCGCUUAAUGGAACUGUUUUGGUGUAUAGAUCAUACUCCUGCAUUGUUACUGCUAAAUUCUUUGCCAUUUAGGAGUUAAACCAUUUGUUUCUGUUUAUAGCCACACCUGCACUUGCCUUGCCUGACACAGGCUGCAAGAAAAAAAUGCUUUAAUUUUUAAUCCGAUCUUAAAUUUACUUUAGAAGUUUUUAUUUCCUGCCCUGUGAAUUGAACUUUAAUCACACACAGGAGCCUCUUGAAGUCUUUAGAAGGCUAUCAACAAAGCAGGAUAUAAGAAAUUCUAAAUUAAACACACUCUGCAAUAAAGGAAGUUUAAAAAUUAGAUCGAUCUUUACAGGAAGUGUUGCACAAGGCUCUGUUGGUCUUGUGCAGGGAUGUGUGUCUGGAACUCCAUUAGCAAAGUGAUUUAACUUCCAAAUGGCAAAUAAUUGAGCAGUAAGAAUGCAGGGGAAUGAUCUGUAUACUAAAACAGCUUCAAUAAGCAAAAGGGUUAUGUUUUCUUUUGGUGCCUGUAGUAUCCUUUUGAGGUUCAAUCAAUUUGCAAAAAUUAAGCUAAUGUAGCUAUGUAGGGAAGAAACUUAAAAACAUAUUUUUCCUUUUGGGUCCCCUCCAUAAUAUUGCAGUUCUGGUUGGUUCACUAUAAUUAACUAUUUAUUUAGUGAAUUAACCCACACAUUAACAGAAUUUCCCUAAUCAUCAAAACCCAUUUCUCCUGAUCAUCAUGCAGAUUUUGUGGGACUUGUAGAUUAACUUCGAUAACAUGAAGACUUUAGAAUGCAGAUUCUAUUGAAAAACUUAGGGGUCUGCUCACUAAAGAGGGAAUUGUGAGAUAUUGCAGAUUUUAGGACAGAUAAGUUGAGCUGGAUAUUUUUGCUUGUUUUGACCUAAAUUUUUCAAUACCUUUUUCAGUGACCCGCAAUCCCCAGUUACUGGAUUAACCCUAUACUGUAACACGUAUGAUCUGGUUGACUUAUUGACCUAUAUGAAAUUAAUUUCUUAAACACAUUAGAAAGUUAGAAUUGACCUGUCGGCCAUAGGCAAACUGCUAUAGAUGCAAAGCAGAGAAUUUUGCUGAGCAAUAUUUAAAGGCAUGGCUGAUAGAUAGAGAUGAGCUGGUCAUUAUAAUCCAUAGAUGGAUUUUGAACCAGCAAACAAACUAAUGGUCUGUCAGUAUGUACGCUGGUUGGUGUAUGUCUAUAUCCCAAGGUUUGCUCUGUUUGCAUUUCUUUAAAGAGUAUGUGCUCUGCUCAGUGCAGCUUCAAAGUUUCUGAAAGACAAUAAUUAUGGAUAUAUCCACUAAAUGCGUAUAAACUACCUGUUUACCAAUAAUUAUUGAACAUAAGCAUUUUUAAUUUUAGUGAUUUUUUUUUUUUUUUUUUUUUAGAUUUGAUAGCCAAGGGCUGGUGCAGGACGUGUGUAUGUAUAUAUUUAUUUUCACACACUUAAGGUUGGCAAGGCACUGUGGGAUUUUUAGUUUUGUAGGAGCUAGGAAUAUUUGUGCAUUCAUGAUUUUUAGGUUUACAAAUUGAAAUAUGUUUUAUGAAAUAUAGGCAUGGGUACUGGCAGGAAUAUUAUCUAAAGUGUGAAUUGUUGGGAUUUCAAAUUCAAAGUGUACUUAAAAUUUUAAGCCAAAAUAACUGAAUCUUAAAAAAAAAUUCCCAAAUGUUUUCAAUUUUGGCCCAAAAAUUUAAAUUCACUUUAAAUUGUGAUAAUCAAGCAUUGGUGAAUAACCUUAAUAGUGAUUCGAAAGAAUACCCUUGGGGUUAUUCACUCAGGCCUUAAAGGGACACUAUAGUCACCAGAACCACUACAGCUUAAUGUAGUGGGUUUUGGUGUCAAUAUCCUGUCCCUGCAGGCUCAGCACUAUAAACAUUGCCUUUUCAGAAAAAAGGCAGUGUUUACAUUGCUGCCUAAUAACACCUCUAGUGGCAGUCACUCAGAUGGUCACUAGAGGUGCUUCCUAUUUCAGUGCUGCAGUAUGUGCAGCACAUUGUUCACCGUCUCCACGUACUGCAUGCGGAGAUGCUGACUGGCGCAACAUGGCAUUUUCCUGCGCAUGUGCAAUAGCCUCCCAUUGCUUUCUUUGAGAUUGAUAAUCUCAGCCAUGGAGGCGAGAUCAGCACGAUGAUGGAGAAAAGGUAAGUAAUGCUACUGUUUUACUCCUUUCUGAGGGGGGUGGACACCUAAAUAGGUAGUCCAGCAUUAGUGUUCCUUUAUGAUUUCCACUCAUCACUAGCCAUUGGCAAGUGGAAAUUUAGGAUUGGCUUGUAAAAUUCACAUCUGGUGGGUGUGUCGUGUACUCUCCAGACUUGUAGAGACAAGGCUAUGCUAGUUGCAUAGGACUUGAAAUUUGAAGCUUUUAUUCACCAAACUCUGAUAUUUGCAAAUUAAAUCAGCUUGGUAUAAAUAUCACAGUUAAAGGUUUUGUAACACCAUACAGCAUCCUGUCCCUAGUUUUUUACAGGUGUCCCCAUCUCUGUGCCAUAUAGAUUAAUUAUAGAAAAAACACCAAAUAAACGUUUUACGUACACUUUUCCAGCACCAAGGCUCCCUUAGCAUUUCUUAUCUCUCUGCUACUCAUAAAAGGAUAUUGGCGUCUGAUAUGCAAGCAUGGCAUGCAUUCAACACUUUUCCAUGCGCUUCUGUGUCACAUGACCCAGUUUUACUCUCAGUGCCACGAAAGUGCCUCUAGUGGCUGUGAGGAAGAUCGUCACUAGAGGUAGAGUUGGCAUUUUAUAAAUAAUAACUUCACCCUGCAUAGUAAGCACUGCAGUUUCUAAAAAAACAAAAACCUGCAAUGUUUUACAAUGCAGGGUUAAAAAGGCACCACUUCAUUGAGAAGUAGUGGUCUGGGUGACUAUAAUGUACCUUCAAGUUUAAAUAAUUGGUGAUUGAAGGGUUUUGUGAAUAUUUUGGGCUACAGCAUAGUAAUGUGUUUUCCCUAUGUAAUUGUAUUGGAUUAAAGGUAUUUUAAAUGCCUGUCACGUCUUCAGAAUUCUAUGUUUUUGGCCAUUCAGAGUAUCUACCAAUUAGAAGAAUGAGAUUCUCAAAGCCUAAACUGAAAAACUUCACAUAAUUUGGAGUUUAUUCAUUAAAUGGCAAAUACAUUUUAGACCCCUAUAGCUAAGCUGUAAAGGUGACUUACUCAGAAAAUGUUUUCUGGUCUGCUAUUCUCCCCACAAAUCAGAGAUUCUCCUCGGUUCCCUGAAUAGUUGGUACUGGAACUGUAGCACAGGAUAAUUGCUCUGUGGUGGGACACACAUACUGCCUUACAGCAGAUAGUUAUUCUGGGGAAUAUAGCUCAUAUUAGUUACAUGAGGGUUUUUCUUUUAAUUUUACUCGGGUCACUUAAAAGGGAUUCUUUCAUUCAAAGUUCCUAAUUAAAGUUAUUUAAUUCUCCCAUGCUUUGCUAGUUGUAGGAGCUCAUAUACCAAGCUGUUCCAGAAUGUACUCUCUAUGGGUUUGUUUGCAGUGGCUGCUGGAAUUGGCAUGAGUGCAUUGUGACCACCUAUGUGGCUACUCCCUUGAAAAUGACAAUCGUAGUAAUUCAUCUGCAUUUGCAAGCACGUUGCCUACCAUAACUAAACUAGGAAUCAAAAAUUUUAGUCAAUGUGGAAACAUUCCCCCAAGCCAGCUAUUUUUCCAGUUAUGCUAUUUUGGCGUAUAAUGUCCUUGUCAAUGCCUCACAAUUUUCUCGCUUAGUGGAUAAAGUCAGUGUAUUGAUUGGAAAAACAAAUAAUUUAUAUUGGGCUCUCUUAUUCACUGAUGACGCAAUCUCUUUUUAUUACUGCUAAUAUUGUAUAGUCACUUCUGUGUUGGUGUCAUGUUAUACUAAUGAAAGGCUAUCAUUGCAUUAUUCGAUAGAACAUUAAAGACAGGGCUGACUUUCUGUUUUCUAGAAUGUAGGAUAUAUAUACAUACAUACAUAAUGGACUUUUUCAAUAUUUAAUUUUUAACUGGUAAUCAUACUCUGAUAAAUGUUACCCCACUUUUGGGGCACCCCCUCUCUGACGCAAUUUUUUAGUUGAUGAAAAGCAGCACUCCUCAAUGUGAUCUGAUAAUUGAUAAAUCGGUAAUUACCGUUAAUUCCCUAUUUGAACUUCUUUCUCGGCCAAGGAUGGUACAUGAGGGCAAGUCCCAGAGAGCACUGGAUUCUGGGUUAAUGAGCUGUGCACGUGGGACCAUGCACAUAUGUGGACAGCCCAUUUUUAUCACAGUUGCUGUGACAACAUUAUGUAUAAAUCAGAUUUAAUUUCAUUGAGUAAUUUCUAGGUUUUGUCUGUUUCAUAUAGCUAGUGAUUUAGUUCAUUUGGUAAUGCAUUAACUGUGAAACCUGAUUAUAACUACGCACUGCAGGAGGUUUUAUUCCUGACUUGCUUUCAGCCUUCAUUCGCAUGUUGUUGUUGUUGUUGUUGCCAUUUAUGUAGCGCUUUACAAUAUUAUGAAAGGGGAUUUAACUAGAAAUAGGACAAUUACAAGAAAACUUACAGGAAUAAUAGGUUGAAGAGGACCCUGCUCAAACGAGCUUACAGUCUAUAGUUGAUAUCAAAGACACUGUUACAUAGUUACAUAGCUGAAAAGAGACUUGCAUCCAUCAAGUUCAGCCUUCCUCACAUUUGUUGCUGUUGAUCCAAAAGAAGACAAAAAACCCAGUCUGAAGUGCUUCCAAUUGUGCAACAAACUAGGAAAAAAUUCCUUCUUGACACCAAAAUAGCAGUCAGAUAUCUCCUUGGAUCAAGCAGCUAUUAUCCCACUAUUUAGAAAUUAUAUCCCUGUAUGUUAUGUUUUUGCAAGUAUUUAUCCAAUUGCUGUUUAAACAUCUGUAUGGACUCUGAUAAAACCACCUCUUCAGGCAGAUAAUUCCAUAUCCUUAUUGCUCUUACUGUAAAGAAACUGAGUUUCUUUGAGUGGGGUAUAAUGUCUCUAAUCCUGGAGGAUCCCCAAAUCCAGUAAACUGUUUUAUUCACUAAACGUUAAAUUGUAGCAAGUUGAAGUACAAAUGGUAAAAGUUAGGCAAACAUAGCUGAUUCGGAGAAAUCCAACUUGACUGUAUUAACAGCAUGACUAUAUUAGCUUUACAUUUGCAGUAUAGUGAAAUUACCCUGCCAAUGUACUGUCUUGUAAAGCACUCGACUUUAGCUAAUAUGUAGAUUAGCAAUUCUGGAAAAAUUAGCUAUUAAAACUGAACUAUUUUUCCAUCUCAUCUGCAGAUCAAGUUUAGUAUAUUAAACCCAUUGAUUGCCAUACAUACCAGCUACUGUUCUCUAUUUUUCUCUACAUGCCUUGAAUAUUUAUAUAUGCAAUUUUAUUAAAGCGAAUUCAUGUAUUUUUCGUUUCCCAGGCACCCAUGCAUUAACUCUCCAAUGUGUUAUUUUAAUUACUUACAUUUCUUUAUUAAAGUAAUAAAUUACUGAGCCAUUUCCAAUAGCUGAACUUGAUAUAGGCCAAGUCUGCCUUGAAAUGUUACUGCUUUCUGUAGAAAGCUGACCUCUUGACUAUGUGCCCCAUAUGCCAUUUGCAGUCAGGGUUUUAUUGGGGCUGUCCACUCUUGGUAAAAAGCACUGACUCUAAAACAAAGUCUGAUUAAUCUAAUUUGGCCAUUUAAAAAAAUGUGUCUAUAUUAUAUAUUAAAGUGUUAACAGAUAUCUUUUUCCAGUCUCAGACUUUGAACAUGCAUUCUGGAAUUUGCUUGCAUAAUACUGCGAGGCUUGGCUAGAUGUUACUGGACAGUGUCUUUUGGUGUAUAGUGGAGCCUUAGAACCCCUUAUUGUUAUGCAGCAGCACCGAUUCUAGGAUUCCCUGGGGUUUGUAAACUGAUCACUCAUAAGCUGCAUUAACCGUGUUUGUUCUGAGUGUGACAUACACAGCACAUUUUAUAGGUUUUUCAAAGACUGUUAUAAAAAAAAAAGUGGAUCGAGUACAGCUGGCAAAUCAUGAAAGAGCACCUUGUCUCACAUCUUUUCACCUGUGGCACCUAGUCAUAGGGCAGCAUGUUGGACGUCUUGAUCUUUCACUCAUCCAUCUUGUCAUUUGUACACUCUCCAUAUUAGAAUAAAGUUGUUUUGGUUUUCAGUGCGCUUACAUAUUUAAAAAAACAAAACAAAAAAAACCCACCACAUUUCCUGGAGUAUUGGUGUUCCUCGACCUGGUGUGAAAAGCACAGAAAUCAUAGGAUCUUGGUAGUAACUAGGAGUAAAUAUUUGUUGACUAGAAAUCUAUUUUAUUUUUGUGUGUGUGUUAAAGGCACACUCCAGGUAAUAUAACCACCACACUGCAUUGCAGGAUUUGGGUACAGUCCCAUUUUAAUUUUCAAACCUGUGAAUUCCUGGAGCCCUGAGCUCAUCCCCUCUGCUGGAGACAUCUUAAUGAGAAUGUUCACUGCAAGGAGAGGUCAUAAAGACCGGAGUAUAGAAACAUUCAUGUCGAAUUGCUGUUAAACCUUGUCUGAAUGGACACUGAAAGGGUUAACAGCUGUAAAAAGCUGCAAAUAUUCAGUGAACUGAAUCUACAAUAUGUGGUCACACUGUAUCAAUAUUUUGGAUGGAUAAUAAGGAAGGAAACUUCUUUAUUAUGACCUCUCCUAUUGACUGGGUAAGCUUAGGGUACAUCUCCCAUUGCCUCCUAUUAGCCUAACUGCUGAUAAGCUGCAGUGGUUAUGGUGGUUGGAAUGUCCCUUUAAAUAUGUCUCAGUAUGUUAAGGCUCUUAAUAUGGAGAUUGCUGAGUCAUUUAAGGAACAGAGCAGUAGUUGGGUUGCAUUAGAUCACCAGCCCAUUCCCCCAUCCGAUUCAGGGCCAUCUUUAAGGCGGGGCAAACUGGGCCGCUGCCCCAGGCCCCGUUUCUCCUGGGGGGCCCAAGGCCGCUGCCCUCAUCAAUUUAUUUUUUUUAAUUUUAAUUUUUUUUCGUCCUCUGAGUCCACCCAGUGGGCUUGUAUCAGCCGGGUCCCGGUCGGGCACUGUCGCCCUUUCACAUCGCGACCGGGCCCCUUGCUUUCCGGCAGCCGGCUGGGAGGCAGUGACAGCCGCGAGUCACUUCCUCUCACAGAGAGGAGCUGCACGGAAACUGUCAGGAAGAGUCGCGAAGGGGGGGAGAAUGAGCCUGCAGUGAGUAUGGAGGCUCCUCACUCCCAUCAGCUUCUGGCACCACACUGGACCCCAGGGAAGCCACCCUCCAGCAAAAGGUGGGAAGCUGGAGGGUGGGUUUAAAAAUGUACAUUUUGUAUGUGUCCGUAUAUCUCUGUGUGUCAGUAUGUCUGUGUGUGUGUGUAUCUGAGCACAAACUUUAAAUACAAAUACACCCCUCCAUUCAAACUUUAACACUACAUACAAACACUCCUCUGUGUUAAACACCAGAAUUAUAUAUAAACACACGCCUACGUUAAAAAACAAACACUACACAUAAAUGUACACUUUUAAACUCCAAUACCACAUACAAACACAUUCACACAAACAUGCUUACAUUCAUCAUGUUUGAUUUAAUUGUUCUUGGCUCUGCAGGUGCAUUUUACAAGCCCUUUCUGGACUGUGCAGAGAAAGGAAAUGACUGAUUUGAAUAAAAAGCCUCUGAGUGCCAGGCCAUCCCCACCCCCAAAUCUGAAGCAUAUUUAGACCACAACAGGUCCUUUCAGGAUUGCUGACUGCAGGCAUCUUACUAGUUUCCUAGUUUUGCCUGACUGCUAAUACUGUAUAAAUUAACCUAUUAUUAUUUGCAAAUGAAUAAUACUAUGUUCUGUUCUAUUGAAGGCAUUGUUUAAACAGCUUAAUGAUAUCCCAGAAUGUAACCCUCUAGUCUAGUGAGUUCUGCUAGAAAAGAGAGAUGGCUGCUUACUGGGAAUCAUCUUGGAAAUCUUGUAGCAUUUAUAUAUAUCUAUCUAUCUAUAUCUCUAUCGAGAAAUUUCAGCCGUGCACAUUGAAUAGGGUGAGGUCAUACAUCUCAUUUCUGCACUGAUUAAUGGAAGCCCAGCCAUUGAUGUCUGACUUUACGCUGGCACUCACAGCAUCCUUUCAAUCCAUCCCUUUUGCAUUCUGGGUGAUGUCUAAUGUCAGAGACUUGCUCAGCACUAAGACUGCAUACUGCCUCAUUAAAUGAUGGUGAGAUAACAUCUGCUUAGAGAUUGAGUAGAAUGUAUGCUCCUGGUAAUAUAAGGGUUAAUGGAUUAGCUUCAUAAAUAUAAAUAUCAAUAAACAGGUGUUUUACAUUGAUAUUUUAUUCAGUACAGUUUGCUGGGAAUUGUUGGAUUACGUGCUAUGCAUUAUGGGAGUGUACAGAUAUAGCCUGCAGCUCAAAGCCAAACAAUACAAUUCUGUGGCAUAUACAAGAUUUAAUCUGCAUGUUUGCUGGACUGGGUGCCUCAGUAGCCUCAUAUAAGGAUUUUUCUUUUAUUUACCAAAAGCAGACCUUCCAAAUGUUUUAUGGAUGACUUAAGAAGCAAUAUGGCACCUCCCAGUUUGAUCAUUAUAGGUUUUUUUUUAUUUGUAGCUCAGUGAGAAUCAUAAUGAAUAAUAAAAGAAAUGCUUGCUUCUGUUAGUACAUCAUAGUAAAAGGGACACAAUAGGCGUCAAAACAACUUUAGCUUAAUGGAGUGGUUUUGGUGUACAGAUCAUUCCCCUGCAGUCUCACUGCUCAGUUCUUUCAUUUAGGAGUUAAACCACUUUGCUUCUGGAGCCCUAGUCACAACUCUCUGCAUGUGAUUUACACAGCCUUCCUAAACACUUCAUCUGAAGAGAGAUCUGAUGUUUAAACUUCCUGUAUAGUAAAUUCUGUUCAAUAUAGAAUGUCUUAUCUCCUGCUCUGUUAAUAGCCUUCUAGACGCUAAAUGAGCCUCCUGUAUGUGAUUUAAAGUUCCUUUUCUGGAGCAUGAGAUAAUAACUUGUAAAGCGAGUUAACAUCUGAUUGAAAAUGAAACCAUUUUGUUGUCAUGCAGGCUGUGUCAGUCACAGCCGGGGAAGCUGUUGCUAGAGCUGCAUGGACAGAAACAAAAGUGAUUUAACUCAUAAAUGGCAGAGAAUUGAGCAGUGAGACUACAGGAGCAUGAUCUAUACACCAACACUGCUUCAUUAAGCUAAAGUUGUUUUGAUGCUUCUAGUGUCACUUUAACAGAAGUAUUUCGAAAAUUCUCCCAUCCCAAGAAAAACAAACAAAAUGUUUUCCUGCACUAUUGGCUCCGGUUUAUGGGACUUGUAGUCUCACAAACAGCAGUAGGGCUAUAGGUUGCUUAAAACUGCUGUAAAAACACCCGUGGGAGGCGACAAAGAAAAGUGGCCAAGAUCAGCUUCCUUCUAUAGCCUGGUCUGACAAGCCCUGGAUUCAAAACACAAUGAGUGCACUUACAUAAGAACAAUACCUUAUGCACAUGAAUGGAAUACACUGAAAUGUCAGGUUUCUAGGGCUGGACGUUUUGUUCCAGACGUGAUGCAGUGUGUUCACAUGCUUCUGCUUGCACUGCCGUGUCAGACCUGGCUUGGAUCCUUUGACAGCUAUUCAGUAUGAGAAAUCUAUAACAUCAGCUUUAUUGAUGCUGCGGAUCAUGUUGAGCACUUAGCACGCCAAAAUAUCUGUUUUGCAGAUUCAACCCGUGAAGAAAUUAUUUUUCUGGUUUGUUAGUCACAAAGAAAACUGGAUCGAAUUUCAUAAUUUAUUUUAGGUUCUAGGCUGUGUGCCUGUCAUGUUCUUUUGAUUUGUAUAUUCGAUAAGGCUAGACUAUAGAAGUAAUUUUUAAAGGGAUUCUUCCAGCACCAGUAUAACAUAUGCUGUUUGCGUAGGUUAUAGUGCAGGGGGUUCUGUGCCCAUUUGCUCUUUGUGACCUUGGGAUAUAACUGCGUCAGUUUGCAAAAAAGUGCUGUGUCUUUAAGACCAACCCUCACUACUCACUCAUUAGGUCACAAGAUGCUCAACACUCCCGUUGAAGAUAAAUGCGUGGCUAGGAUUGGCUGACAGGUUUCAGCUACUUCCUAGUCUGAACAGAGCUCAUGGCAGGAAGCUGUAAAUCUAAAGAAUUUGCAGUGAAUGCAGAAACUUCAGAUAUUAAUAUCUUUCACUAUUAAUGAAUAGAAAAAAAAAGAGGCCAACCCCUCCUUGUAGUGUCCUUUUUAAUAAAUUAAUCUAAUCGUAUCUGUCUCUGGAAGGGUCUACUAGUUGCUGUCCCUUAAAAGGGGUGAAAGUGUUGGGAAUAUCUCGGCAGGGCUGACCAAAAGCUGCUUCCCUGUUGUAGUAACAUUACAAAUUCCAUGAUAGUUUAGCAGCCUGACUGCUCUGUGUAUCAUGGGAGUUGUAGUUUGACCAUAAUUGGCGUUCUUAUGGAUUAUGCUACUUCAGUUAAUUACUUUACUCUUUAUACAAAGCUAUAACUGUGAUUACAGGUCUGAUCAGAUUCCAGGGCUUGUUACAUUUUGGAUUAAAUCUGUUUUUUCUUUUUUUCCAGCUAUAUUUUUUUUAAAAUGUUAGGGAUCCAUUGAAAUUUUUUUUUUUUUUUUUGGCAAUAUUGUUACCUUUGUCAUGAUGGUCUUAAACAUGUCAGGUGUCCGUGGAAUGGUUAUAUUUUUCAGAUAUUCUGUUGAAUCUCUUCUGCUACCCAUGAUGCAAAAUACACAAUGCAAUUUCUACUUUACCAUAUUCUCUAGUUUCUUUUCACUAUAGCUUUUUUUUUUUACCCCAUAUUUCAUUUGAUGCUAUUGCUACAUUUGAUAGCUGCACUGACAUUAGUUUCUCCUACUUGUAAGGAGAGCCCAGAAGCACUGCACCGUUAUCUGUGAAUGACUUUUUUUUUUCCAGCAUUGGAAAACCUAGACCUCAAAACAUUUUGACGCAUAUAGAAUCUUUGUCAAGCCUUGGUUGUUGGGAAAAAAGUAAUUGGGCUUAAGGUAGUGUUUUGUAGCAUUCUUUGCUGUUGAGUGAUCGAGGAUUUUUGAGUCCUUUUAUUUCUGGUAGUUAAUUCCCUUCUACACAGAUAGGCCUGCAUUAUAACAUACUUGAUUUUGCUUUCUCCUCUUUUUCCUGUAUCUUGUAAUAUCUGUCAUUGUGGCUUUUUUUUCCUAAUGUAGUGUCUUUUUCUUUACAGACUUCUGA